CAACAAGUGCCCUUGUCUCUUGAUUCCCUCUCAUCAUCAUGUCUGCUAAUGACAAUGCAAGCUUGGGAGUAGUGAUCUGCACGGGCUCCUAUCACACGCCAGACCCCUAUGAGCCCCUCAUGCAGGCUUUGGAGUCCAGCGGGUUCGAGGCCUACUGUCCGCUGCGACCAACAUGCGACCUGAGCAAGCUGCACGUGGGAGACGUCACCAACCCUAACUUCGAUUUGGGACCCCCUCCCGAGGGGUAUCCCACUGAUCUGGACGACGUCCAGGUGGUGGACGAGGUGUUGACCAAGCUCAUCGAGCAGGAAGGCAAGGAGGUGCUUCUGCUCGCCCAUUCGUCCGGUGGCACGAUCGCAUCGCAGGCGGCCGUUCCUCGGCUGCAGUACAAGACUCGCCAGGCAAAUGGCCAGCAGGGAGGCGUGAUUGGGAUCUUCUACGUUGGCGCCUUUGUCGUGCCUGUCGGCGAAUCGGUGCACACCUUCUUCCAACCCAAGGAGGGGCCGGUUGUGACCCCACCCUUCAUGCAAUUUCACAAACAUGGUGUUCUUGGGUUGGGAACCAUCGUCGAAGCGCACAAGUACAUGUUCAACGACCUGCCCGCGGACGAAGCGGCCAAGUGGGCGGCGACGCUGACUGCAUCCCCUGUCAACACUGGGGUGUUGACCAAUGAUGCCUACUCGGCCCUUCCCUGCGCAUACUUGGUGUUGGACAACGACCUGACCUUGCCCCCCACCUACCAGGAGAUGAUGAUUGCAUUGCAGGCAGAAAAGGGCAACAUCUUCACUGUCUACCACGCCCCCUCGGGCCACUCUCCCCAUCUUAGUUGGACUGGGCCAUUGGUCAGCAAAAUGAGGGAAUUCGCCGACCAGUGCCGCAGUCACUAGUUCGGCCCUGCUAGUUUAGUGUUCCUUUAGG